UCGAUAGUUUCCCAGCUCUAAUUCGUGGAUUCGUGGAGCAAGCAAAUCGAAAUUGCCAGGAUUAAACGCGUUCCAAAUUAAAGCGGCGGUCAAACGGGCUGCCAGAGGACCACGGACAAUAGAUAGCCACCGAGCAGGACCACAGAUUGCGGGACAUAGUGCAAAUAUAGGUGUAAUUGGGGAGUUCAAUGCACGAAUAAUAUAUUUGGCCACACUUGCCAGUGUGCGUGUGUGUUCGGUGUGUGUGCCCCGCGCGCGAGUGUGUGUCCCACGACGCGAGUAUGUGUGCGUAUCUCUUAUUCGCAAGACUCGCGGAUGAAACUGCGUGAAAAGCAAAGCAAACCGAAAUCCAAGGCGCAGCCAUCGAGAAAUUACCAAAGGAAACAAUUGGCGGCCGGCAAGGAGCAACAACACUCUGGUCCUGGACGAUGGGGAUAUAACUGGCCGGGCGGGCGACGUCACGUCAAUUGAACCGAGCAACCGAUAGCCUGCCGAGCCAGAGCCCCAGAUCCAAAGCAGCAGCAGCUGUAGUAGAACGUAGCGGAGAUGUCAGAGCAGAGUCUCCACUGAGCCCGAAGUCAAGAUACGAAUGUUUUGGUGUUGUGAAAUUAUUUGUUUUCUCGUCGUUUCGUCAAUAUAAUCGUCAAUAUCUCUGCAAAUCGCCAAACACACAGUUAAUCCCCCUAGUGAUCACAGUUAUAGUUUUUUUCGUUCCAAAAUUUGCAAUACGAAACCAAGACAGUGCAGUGCUCGCUCCUCAAUAAACAAAGUCAGUUUGGUCCGCAGACAACAACAAGAAAUCACACACAGUCAGUGCUUGGGCAAGGAGAAGCCACCACCGACAGUAGCACGGCAGCAGCAGCAGCAGCCGUCGCAGUCGCGGCGGCAGCCGAAAAAGAAAACUUGUUUAAACCCCCAGAAAGAAGCGUAGAAAAAACUGAGAAGUGGAAUUCCAGAACCAAGUCAUCCCAGCAGCCGCGAGGCGACGUCACCAAACAACAACCAAAUACCAAACGCCAGUCACAGGCGGCGCAAGAGCCACAGAGCCUCACCUCGCUCUCUCUCGCACACAUCCUGAACCAUGGACGAGGAUGACAACUUGUCCAAUGCCGAUAUCAGCAUCGAGGACGAGGAGGCGGUUGAGCUGGAACGCGAGGCCAUGGAGGAGGAGGACGCCGAGGCCUCCGAUGUUGAUCUGUCCUCCGUCUAUGUGCUGCCACACAGUAAUGCGCCCAUUGCAGUGAUGGGCACCAGCAUGAACGCCACAACGCGAACUACUGGCGGAGGCAAUGGCAACGGCACCACUUCUGGCGGCGCUGCAUCUGCCGUGGCCGCUGCGGCAGCUGUGGCCGGAGCCAGCAUGACCACCAAUGCCAGCACAGCCAGCAAUUCGCAUUCCCCCUUUCAUGACUGGGACUCAAGUGUAGCGGCAGCCACGCCGCCACCGCCGCCGCCACGAGCAGCAUCUGCAGCAUCUGCAGCAGCUGGAGGAGCAGCGGCAGCUGGCUCUGGAACGGGAUCCGGAUCAGGAGCCCCGGGCGGGGAUGCGGGCGCCAAGGCCAGCUUCUUCUUUGGCGCCUCCUCAUUUAGUCUUCGCAGCCGCAAGGAGGUGGCCGCAUUGAUCAACACAGAGUGCUGCCGCGGCGGACCCACGCCCGAUCUCGACUCAAUAAUGGACACCCUGUUCAAUCCGGGCACGCCCAUCGAUAAUCCGGACAACAUCGAGUGGAUACGAUGGCUCAUUGCCGGCGGGCGAACGCCACAGGAGUUUGUAAAAAUUGUGCGCAGCUAUGACAACCAUGCCAAGUGUGGCCUGGUUUGGGUGCCCCAUGUAGUGGCAUACAGGUGCCGCACCUGCGGCAUCUCUCCCUGCAUGUCCAUUUGCCGCGACUGCUUUAAGAAGGGCAAUCAUGCCAACCACGACUUCAACAUGUUCCUGUCCCAGGCGGGCGGUGCCUGUGACUGCGGCGACACAUCCGUGAUGAAGGCCGAGGGCUUCUGCAGUGAUCAUGGCAUCAAUAAUCGCGUGAAUCGUGAUCCGGUGCCAAAUAAUCUCCUGGCUGUGGCCGAGGCCAUUAUGCCAAAGCUACUGUUCCGGCUGUUGCAGCAUUUUCGGGAGCAUAGCGACACCACGAUCCAGGUGCACGCAAUGACCUCGUACCUGUGCGAGGAGUUUGCCAACAUGCUGAUCGAUCUGAACAACAUGGGCGAGAUAAUGCGCAAGGUGAUGACGCGCACGCUGAUCAAUCCGGAGGUAUAUGCCUACUUCAUGGAGGCACCGUGUCUGGACACGCGCAACGGACGCUUCCUAAAGGCCAAUCGGGAGAAGUACGAGGAUGCGGUCAACAGAUUCCCCAAUCCCGAGCCGCCCGAUGAGUACAGGGAUUUGCCGGCGCUUGGCGAUACUCUGGUCCAUACCACACUGCUCGAGGAGUUCAUCUUUUGGACGUUCAAGUUCGAGUUUCCGCAGACCCUGGUCUGCUUUCUGCUCAACAUGCUGCCCGAUCAGGAUUAUAAGGAACACCUCACCCGCACCUUUGUGAUGCACUAUAGUCGCAUACCGUCCGUGCUGGAAAUGUCCCGCGAUCCGGACACACUCAGCAACCGUGUGGUGCACAUGAGCGUCCAGCUCUUCUCCAACGAGAGCCUAGCCCUCAAGAUGGUCAACGAGCUGUCGCUGCUGCACGUGAUGAUCAUCAGCCUGAAGCUAAUGAUGUCCAAGAUCCUCAUACAGAACACGCUGCAUGAUCCCUCCAAGAAUUUCCACUUUGUCAUCGAUUGCACCCGCCAGGUGAUGAAGGAUCACUGCUAUUGGCCGCUAGUCUCGGACUUCAACAACGUCCUAUCGCACGAAUCGGUGGCUCUGGUCUUUCUGCGGGACGACAACCUCAUCGACAUGUGGUUCCAGUUCCUUCAAAUGCUCCAGGGCAUGAACGUAAACGUGCGGGAGACGGCCUCGCAUGUGGAAUUCGAGCCGAAUAGCUAUUAUGCGGCCUUCUCCUGUGAACUGGAGGCCAGUGCCUAUCCCAUGUGGUCGAUUAUCUCCCAUCUGCAAGACGGCACUCAUGCCCAUUUGGCCAAGAAGAUCAUCAACUACUGUGUGACCACGCUGCACGAGUGGCUGGACUCGAUAUACUUUAUGGAGGCGCACCUGUCGCUGGAGGAAAUGAUGCAGGCCUCGUUCCACUUCCCAUUGCAUCGCUAUCUAGCCGCCUUUGUCUGCCAGGCGGUCACCAAGAUGGGCAUCAGUCUGAGUGAAGUGCUGCCCUCGCGUCCAUAUUUACUGCCCCUGUUGAUGAUCCAUCCGCUCCGUGUCCAGAGCUUCUUUUACGAGAUUUUGGCCGGAAAAUGGGUGCGCAAUGGACUGCAGAUCAAGGGCCAGGCGAUGACCUACAUCCAGGCGAAUUUCUGCAACUCGAUGGCCGACAUGGAUCUGUUCUUUCUGCAGAUCUGCGCCACCAACCUGCCGCAGUACUUCUUCCUGCAGAAGACCAUCGAGCUGUUCGACGUGGCCCAGUGGCUGGAGACGGCGCCGCUGAAGCAGACGCAGAAGACGGAGCAGUCGUCGAUGCUGGAGGGCUUCCUCACCUUCCUGGCCACGCUGGUCACGAGUCGCACCAAUCUGGGCAACGACGAGGCCACACAGUGCAUCAUCGAGAUCAGUGCGCUGCUCUCCACGGAGAACAAGACGCACUCGCAGCUCCUAGAACUGAUGCCAGAGCGGUCGGGCAAUGUGCACACCAAGAACUUUGAGACCUUCCUCAAGAAGCUGUCUGUGUACAAGGCGCCGUCGAGCGGCAGCGAGAACCUGGAACAGGGCCUGUUCACGCCCAUCGAUGAGGUGUGGGAGAAACAUUACGAUCCCCUCCAUGUCCUCCUGCGGGCCGUGCAUCGUCGCGACUUCCAGUCGUCGCUGGAUCGCUUCACCAACUAUGUGAAAAGCAAGGACAAGAUGCCGGCGAGCGGUAAUCUCUGGCCGCCGUUCCGCCUGCCGCAGGCAUUGCCCGCCACCAGCUCCUUCAGCGAUCCCUGUCGCAUCCUCAAUUCGCGCGUCUUCCACUCCACCAUCCUGUCGAUCCUCUUUCGUGCCGUCCACACGCGCGAUGUCUCGGAGCAUGUGCUGGCUUUGGCCAUCUUUCUGCUCGAAAUUGCCGUGGAGACCAGCGAGGAUGUGGGUGGCAGUGGCGUUAGUGGCAGCGGUGCUCCGCCUGCUGCUGCCAUGGUGGAAUCAUCGGGCGGCUCAGGCUAUCAUCAUGGCUACGGCUCUGGCUGCCAGGAGCCACCGAAGCUGUUUCAGUGCUAUCCCACGGACAACCUCAGCUGCAAUCUCCGUCAGAUGGUCAAGAAGGUGUCGCUAAAGUCGCGCGACCCGCAGGUGGUCACCUCCAGCUACCGCUCCAAUCCGUUCUACUCGGAUCUUGACUUUGAUGUGGACGCGGACCCGGAGCAGGCGUUGCGCAUGAUUGGUCAGUCGGAAUCUGAGGGCGAAGAUGCUACAAGAGGAGGCGCUGGAGGAGGAGCUGGCGCCAUCGGUGGUGGACUGGCCGCAGCGGGCGGUGUUAGAGGACGGAGUGUAUCAGAGGCCCUGGCCCUGAUGCGAGUGCCUGGCAUGGAGGUGGCCCUGCCGCCUGAUCUUUCGGUGGUCGCCGAAACGGGCGUUGUGAUCCGCCAGGACAGCAACGAAGAUGAGCUGCUAAGAGAUGGCGAUGAUCAUGCCAUGGACAUGAGUCCAGCCGCCGCCCUCGACUUUCACUUUCCGCUGCAGCAGAUUACGUUACCGGAGAGCGGCAUGGAGGUGGCCAUACGCCGGGAUCUCCUGCUAGCCGAGACGAACAAUGGGGGAGGAGGCGGCGGCGGAGCUGGAACUGGUACCGGACCCGGAGCUGGUGGAGCUGUUGGUGGUAUCACACAUACACCGGCGGCCAGCAAUGAGAUGUUCUCCCCGACCACGCCCACGGGCAGUGGCAUGCUGCUGCCCUUCCAGCGGGUCCAGCCCGUGGCCGUGCCAAGCAGCAGCGUCAACAUGGACAUUGUGCCAUCGAAUGUCGGCGGUGGCGGUGGCGGCGGUGGCAGUAGCUUCACCUCGGGCGUCAGCGGCGCCGUCGGCACUGGCAGUGGCAGUGGCGGUGGCCGGCGGAUGAACUAUGAGGCUGGCGGAGCCCGCAAACGAUCUGUGGACAUUGCCAUCGGCGGUGGCAGCAACAAAGAUGAGCUGAAUCUGGACGAGAGCAUACUGUCGCUGCUGCUGAAGUUGCACUCGCAGCUCUCGGGCACCCUGGAUAGCUUCUCGUUGAGUGAUGGCGAGGAGCGAGCCGAGGAUUCCAUGGAUGUGGACUGCAAUGAGGCCAGCACCUCGAGCACCGCCUUGGCUGAACGCGGACGUGGCAGUGCCAGCGGCGGCAGGCGCAACUACAAGAACAUCCACGUGUCCACCUCGCGGAUCGGCGACGGACCCUUCUUCAUUGGCAAUCUGCUGCGCAAGAUAGCCAAGCAGGACGAGCUCUGCGCCCAGAGCAUCGACGAGAUCCGUGCCCGCUUGUGGCCCAACCAGCGGGAGAAGCAGGCGGAGGCCAAGGCUCGCGAGACCAAGGAAAAGGAGGAGCGUCGCAAGAAGGCGCGCGAGCGCCAGCAAAAAAUGAUGCAGGAUUUUGCCAACAAGCAGAAGCAAUUCAUGCAAUCUGCGGCCGCGGCGGCCAGCAGCAUGGACUACGGCCUGGAGGAUGACGACGAGGAGGAGCUGUACGAGGAGCAGCCGCGCGAAAAGGAGUACGACUGCAUCAUCUGCAAUUGCACCACGCCCAGCACCGAAUCGAAUCCCAUCGGCCUGGUGGUGCUGGUCGAGUCCAGCGGGAUCGUUGGCCACCGUCGGCGCAUACCCGAGAGGCUGCCUCUGCCGCUAAACGUUGAGGAUGAGUACCAACUGGCGCAUGCCACCCGCCUGGCCGCCGAAUUUGGACGCCGCACAGAGCUGCUCAGCAUGAAGUUCGGCGACGAAUCCUGGUAUCUCUCCAACAACAUGGCCUACGACAACGGGGUCCAUGUGCAGUCGUGUGGCCAUCAUGUCCAUCUUGGCUGCCUGGAGGCAUACCUCAAAACGCUGUACACCACCCAGCGUCAGCCUGUGCAGGAUCGCGGUGAGUUCUACUGCCCGGUGUGCCGGCAGCUCUCCAACUCGGUGCUGCCACUCAGCCCGCAGCUGGACAGGCCCACGCAUCUGGUGCGCUCGGGUAAUCAGCCCUUUGAGCGCCUCGUGGCCGACCUAACCGAUCUUAUCAAGGAGAACGAGACGAUUCCGCAGCCCACAAAGCUAACAGAGGCCAUGGGCCAUGCCAUGGAGGUGAUGACCAAUAUAGCCCAGCGCAAGGUCAAGUGCGCCUCCAUCACCUUCCGCAAACUGUUCAUCUUUGUGACCUCGAUUGCCCGCACCAACCUGGAGGCGGAGAUCAUACAGCGUGGGGGAUCGCUAUGCUCGGCGAAUGCCACGCGUUACAAGCCGAAAAGGGACUGCAUUGUGCCGCUGCUGCAUGUGCUGUCAGUGCAUGUCCGGGUGCUGGUGGAGUGGCCUCUGUGGAGCAGCUGGGCCUCCUUGGCUGGUUUGCCUGUAAGCGAAACGGAGCCUUUGCCGGCGCACUGCCUGGAGCUGAUACCCAGCCUGCUGGCAGAUCCCAUAGCUUUGCUGCUGAAGUUUAUACUGCUGGCGCCGCUGCAUCUCGAUCAGGACUACUUUACCUGCAUGGUGAAGGUGAUGUACAACCUGUUGUACUAUCAAAUAGUGGUCCAGCUGUGCGUCACUCUCACGGAUCUCGAGUGCGAUCACAUACUGGCCACCUAUGGGAGCAGUAGCACCAGCGACAGCGAUGGCAGUGCCUCUGGGGAGGCCUCUGCCACGUACACACGACGCCGCCUUGGCCACCAUCAUCAGCAGCAACAGCAGGUCAACUCCUCACAGCUGGGCAAGGCCAUGGCCUUGGUCUUGGGACACACCAACAAGCUGUCGCAUCUGCGACGUGACAGUAUACCCAGCACCAGCAGUUCGGCGGCAGCAGCAGCAGCGGCCGCCUCGACAUCCUCCGUUGUUACCUCCUCCUCCUCCUCAUCAUCCGAGGUCAACCUCAAGUCCAUGGAGCUGCAACUGCAGACGCUGUGCCUGCCCUUUCUGCGUGUGGCCGCUUUGCUGCGUCAGCAUCUGUAUCACCACGAGAUGCCAGAGAUAUCGGCGCCACCGCUGGAGUUUGUGCGUCUCGUGUACUACCUGGAACUGGUCACCGACUCCAUGGACUGGGAUUGCUUCAAUGCCAGCAAGGGUCUGUGCUUUAUACCCGGCACCGAGCAGACGCUGCCGCAGUUCUGGUGCCAGCAGCUAAUGGACGUGCGUCCGCCCACGGAUACGGUGCGGGAGCUGGUGCUCAUCAAUCAGCAUUCGUUGUGGCAGCAGCCGCGACUCCUCGAGCUGCCGCGCGAGUACGAGCGCUUGUUUACGUACUACCAUGAACGGCCCUGCCUCAACUGCUACAAGGUGCCCAAGGAGAGCUCCAUCUGCCUGCUGUGCGGGACGAUUGUGUGCCUCAAACAGAACUGUUGUGCGGAGAAUGACUGCUGCGAGGCGGUGCGGCACACCCUAUCCUGCGGCGGCGGCAUUGGCAUCUUCCUGGUGGUCACCUCGACGUACAUCAUCGUCAUACGAGGCCGUCGUGCCUGCCUGUGGGGCUCCCUCUACUUGGACGACUUUGAUGAGGAGGAUCGCGAUCUCAAGCGCGGCAAACCGUUGUACUUGAGUCAGGAUCGCUUCAACCUGCUGGAGUCGCAGUGGCUGUCGCACAAGUUUGCCCACACAAAACACACCUGGGUAUUCCAUCGGGAUCUCUUGUGAAAUAUGGAAGACUUACUGCGCAGCAUACAGGAGCUGGUUGGCCAGAUCUAAGCGAAACACUGAAGCUGCAAUGGGCCGCUCCCAACCUAGUCGAACCACUCAGCCCGAAGCUCCUCCGACACACACACGCACACAAUCUCCAAAUCUCCAAUCAUCCAAAUCUCCAAUCAUCUCCAGCCUCUUUCACCUCCGUCCCCAUCGUGUUUCCUUUUUAUUUUCUAUGUUGUUUGCGGAGGAGGAGAAGGAAGGUGGGGAGUAGGAGUAGGAUAUGCCAGGCAAUCUCUUGUGUCCACGUCACCAAGCACCUUAGAAAGCAACCCUGGCAAUUUACAGUUAAUUGAUAUUACACACGCCCUUUAUACAUAUAUUACAAGCAUACUUCUAAUACGAAUACGAAACGCAGCCACAUAAAGGAUUUAUGUCAGCAAAUCUCCGGUCAGAAAAGAAGGAAACGUUUAGCAAGAAAUCUAGUACGACUUAUAAAUAUAUAUAUAUAUAUAAUAAAUAUAUAAAUAUGCUAUAUGAAGAAGCAAGGAA